CACGCUCAGUCCAUGCGAGAGAAUCGGCUGGUAUAAAUGGAGAUAUCUCGCGAGCCGUGCUUGCUUCUGGAUUUCUAGAGCCCAAACUGAAAGAAUGAUCUUAUUUCACAGUGCCGAUCACACGCUGGUGCUUUAUGUACUUUAUCAUUUCUUUAUUAAUAAUCUCUUUUGAGAAUAGCUCUAACCGGUUGGACUGAAGUUUUAAAGCAAUGGAUCCAGUAACGAGGUGGACACCGAAACAGGUUGUUGACUGGAUGAGGGGUCUGGAUGACAGUCUACAACAGUAUGUGCACAACUUUGAGAGAGAGAAGAUUAAUGGAGAACAGCUACUGAAGAUCUCCCAUCAGGACCUUGAGGAACUGGGUAUUGCCCGCAUUGGUCACCAGGAACUGGUUUUAGAGGCCGUAGAUCUCCUCUGUGCUCUGAACUAUGGUGUGGAGACAGAUAACUUGAAGAACCUGGUGCUAAAGAUGAGAGCUGUGACCAACAGCCUUCACACCGCAACAUCAGAACGAAGGAAGAGCCCUACGUAUGAAAGCAACACGUCUAGCAAGCUCCCAAAUGAAUUCCUCUCCUCUGUGGUUGAACUUAUUGGAGCAGCCAAAAGCCUCCUGGCAUGGCUGGACAGAACUCCAUUGACGGGGAUCAGUGAUUUCACCUCCACCAAGAACAAAAUCAUUCAGUUGUGUCUGGAACUGACCACUACAGUGCAACAGGACUGCACUAUCUAUGACAUGGAAGAGAAGAUUUUGGAUGUUUCAAAGGUAUUGAACAGUAUUUGUGACCAGACUGUGAGAACCACCUCUGAUCAUCUCAUGAGCCAGUCAGCAUGUCUGGAGGAAGUUCAACUGACCAACAUCAAACCAGGAGAGGGAUUGGGCAUGUACAUAAAAUCCACCUACGAUGGGCUUCAUGUCAUCACUGGCACCACUGAACAUUCCCCAGCAGAUAUGACACGCAAGAUCCAUGCUGGAGAUGAAGUCAUCCAAGUCAAUCAGCAGACAGUGGUGGGUUGGCAGCUGAAGAACCUGGUGGCCAAGCUGAGAGAGGACCCUAAAAGUGUGGUGCUUCUUUUAAAGAAAAGGCCCACAGGAACCUCAGGAUUUACCCCAGCACCUCUCAAAAACAUGCGCUGGAAACCUCCCGUGCCUCAGAGCUCCACAUCUCCUAGUAAGAGUCAGUCAGACAAGUCUGCCAAACUCUGCAGUAGGAAGGACAAGCCAGCCAUACUGGACCUGUACAUCCCUCCACCUCCAUCAGUGCCUUACACACCACGGGAAGUACGGAACAGCUCAUACACCAGCCUGAAUGUCAGACCUAAAGGCUCGGAGUCCCCAAACUCCUUCCUGGACCUGGAGAGCCACCGGCGCUUCACCAUUGCAGACUAUGACAAACUGUCCGUUCAACCACUUGAGGUCAACGUACAGAUGCGUCCAAGAGGAAGAUCCUCAUCACAAGGUAAACCACGACCUCUGUCAAUGCCUUCGGAUACAUGUUUGAGCGUGGCAGACCUGUAUGCAAAGCCCUGGACACAGGGACGGAAAGGUGAAGAUCUUCUGUACAGAUACCUAAGCAACGAACGCAUACCAACUAUCGCUGAGGAGGCCCCGGGCCCAGGCUCGUCUUACAAGUUCACAGCCGAAAGACCCGCUUAUGGGAUCGACUACUCAAGGAACAGCCGAUUCCUUGUCAGUGCGGAUCUGCACAACAGCGCCACCAUACCUUAUCAAGAGGACUUUGUCAAAAAGACCCCCAUGACAUCCACCCCCAAACGGCCCCCCGCGGAGCCCUCGCUACUGGUCAGUUGGAUCACACGGCUUAAGCUAUUGACUCACUAAUGUCAGCUUGCCUUCACCCUUUGUCCAGCUGUGUGCGGUGACUCUUUUCUCAUGUACUUUUUCAUGCUUUCACUCUCCUUUUCUUGGGGUAUUUC